CUGUAUGGUUUAACGCUUACUCCGUAUAACCUUUCUCGCGGACUUCCGAGUUGCGAGUUCGCGUCAUAACGAGUUGAAGUUAUGAACUCGCCACAUACUAAGAGUACAACGGAACCACCACAUCAGUGCCCUUACCACCGCCAGCACCACCACCACCACCACCACCUCCUAUUCAUCCACCCUUCUUCUCUAUCCUCCCCUCACCACCACCUCCACCUCCACCACCAUCACCACCACUACCAUGUUCUGCCUCAAAGCAACAACAUUCCACAAAACCCCAAUUCAAAUUUCUGCCCUAAUUUAAUCAACCCACCUCCCCAAAUCCCUGAACCUGAAGCUCCUCCCACUUCCCAAUAUACCCUGAAUUUCAAAGAUGAUGAUCAUGAUGAAUUUGAAGAGGUUCUAGAUGAAGAUGAAGAUCCAAUUUUCGUUAUGACUGAUGAAUGGAGAGAGUUUUUCGCAAAAUCUGAAGCCAGAAGGAGAGCAGCUAAAAAACUCGCCAAGAAACAGGGGAAGACCUAAAGGGAGAUCAUGGAGGCAAUCACAGUCUUAGCAUGUUCUGCCAUGGUUUUCUUUUUCUUUCCUUAUAGAGAGCAAUCUGUUGAUUUGUCCACAGUUUUUGUAAAUCCUCUUAUUGGUAUGUAAUUAUCGAUUAUUUUGUAGAAUGGAUGUUCCAACACAUCGAAUUUUGGUGGAUCAAUUUUGUAUGUUCGUAUAGUUGCAAUUUGUAAUGACUCUCAAAUUGCUAGUUCAUGUUGGCAAAGAAAAGAUUACAACCUUCAA